AUGGCGCCCAUGUCGCAAGAGGAUAUCGAUUGGUUCAAAUCCACCUUUCGUCCUAUCCCGAAGCCCGAGCUCCCAGAUGAUAGCGUCGAAUACUCUCUAUACUAUCUCCCUUCUGACCCCGCCCCCGCCACCGUUGAUGAAGCCGCGGAAACGCGAUCGCGAUUAGUCGAAGUACAACGGUCCGCAGCAGAAUUGACAAGAGAGCUUUUGAAGGAUUAUAUCUGGCAGCGCGAUGGGUUCCGCCUCGAAAUCACCAAACAGGAUGGCAUCACCUCACUAAGCGGGCGUACGAAUUACGGAGACUCGAUCGAAGAUGAAUGGGUUAUUGUUUACCUGUUGCGUGAAUUGACAAAGAAGCAUAAGGACGUUUGGGCGCAAGUGGUUGACAGUGACGGUCAAUUUCUUCUGGUCGAGGCCGCCGGCGUGCUCCCUGCUUGGCUUGAGCCGGAAAUAGCAGACAACAGGGUAUGGAUCAAUCAAGGAGAACUCGUCAUAAUUCAGCCGAAGAACCCCUCGAAGAAGAGGGUGGCAGAGAAAAUCUCGCUUUCAGAAUCAAAGAAGAUCAUCACAGAGGAACCACAACGAUUUAUGCGCUCAGCUGUGAUCCAAAACGAAGCAUUUUACCGGCUACGGAACUACCCUAAACAGAUCAGCGAAAACCUCCACUCAGCAUUGGUGACGAUCCCCCGCAAGGUCGCUUUUCUCCUGCGUCAAAAACCAGCCUACAUUUCGGCGGCUGUCGAGGCAUUUUACCUGCGUGAUCCGAUUGCGCUGCGGCCUCUACGAGCUAAGGAUACUAGUGACCUACUUUUGAAGCCAGAAGAUUUUGUUACUGUUAGCAUCCGGUUCACAAGGGUUGGCUAUGCACAACUCAAAAGCCAAGACUUUCCAGCCCCAAAGGCUUGGAUGGGGACGUUGCCUUCAAAGGAUGACCUUAAGAACUACGAUCGUGCAGAGCUAGGGAUGAAGCUUUCUUGUGGAUUUGAAAUGUUACUCUCAGAUCCCCAGAACCAAGACAAGCCUGCCGUUAGGGAGAUCAAGCUUUUAUUGGAGGAUUUGGAUUCUGGCGACGAAAGUCUCCCUACAGACGGGGAAAUUGAGAAAUGGGAUAAGCGAGAGGAUGAUGAAAAAUGGCUGGAUAUCAGUUUUGAGGAUCUCGACAGGGAAUUGAAGGGCAAGAACAAGGGCCAAGGGAAUGAAGGCAAGGAAGAAGGUUCAUUUGGAGAUGCCAAUGCUCAAGAGAAUCUUCAGCGCAUUGUGGCUCGUUUUGAAGAAUUUCUGGGUGAUAACUCAGCCGGCUUUGACGGUGCUGACUUCAUUGAUGACUUCGGUUCUGACUCUGAUAUCGCAGAGGACGACGAUGAAGAAAUAAGCAGUGACGAAGAAAAAGAAGCUUCCACGGAUGAAGAAAAGCUCUCCCAGAUGAUGAAAGAAAUGAUGGGCAAAUCUUCGAUGCCCGGUCUCCAAAGCGGGCCAUCCUCUAGCAAAAGGGUGGAAGAACUGGACACUGACUCAGAAGAGGAUGAUACGGAAGCGAUACAGCAACUUUCCAGGCAAAUGGAAGCCGAACUGAAGGGUACAGGUGUGCUCGAUUUGAACCGUCCUUCCCAAAAAGUUGCCGGAAAGAAGGCCGUGAAAGAGAGCGAUAAGCAGGAAAAUGAGCAACAUGUUGACGAGGAUGAGGACCUUAACAUCAAUCUCGCCAAAAACAUAUUGGAGAGUCUUGAAGGUCAAGGCGGAGCUGCAGGUCCUGCAGGGAACAUGCUCUCUAUGCUGAACCUUCCUAUGCCGAAAGGAGAUCGCCAUGAAUAA